UUUUUACAUGAUCCCUUCUACUGGCUUAGACGCCUUUGAUUCAUACCUUUGAGGUUUCCAGUCCGCGUUUAAGAAAUAAAAUAUAAUAAGACAUUAUAAUUUUUGUGGAACGUUGAAGGGUUACAUCACUAUAAAAGCGCUCUCGCAACAGUAGUGAAAUCAGCUGACCAAACCCGGUGUUCGUGGCCACGUGACAGCAUGCAGGAGGACGCAAGAAAGCGAAUAACAUACAGGCUGACUGUAGUUUGAGAUGUGAGGAAGACUGUCGGGUUACCUGCUAUAUUUUGUGCUGUCACAGCAUGUCCGGUUUCCGAUAUGGACUUUAUGAGGUUUAUAUAGUUGGUGUUUGCUUUUCAGGAGCUGUUGUUGUGCUAUCGUGCCUGCAGCAUCACCACAAGCUUUUGAUCAGGGAAGCUUUUGAUCAGUGAAACUAUCAGUGGCAAAUUACACCCCACCAAAGCAGCCAUGACCUCUGGUAUCAACUAUCAGGAUGGCCCAGAGUUUUCCAGAAGAGAUGAGAGUCCUGCUGAGGAUGAGCCUAUCCAUUCACCUAAUUCCCCACGGCAGACAGAAUAUGAGCGAAUUGGAGGAAGAACAGGAUCCUCUUUUUUUCAGACCUUAAUUCAUUUACUGAAAGGAAAUAUUGGUACUGGACUGCUCGGCUUGCCUCUUGCUGUCAGGAAUGCAGGACUACUGGUGGGGCCUUUAAGUCUUCUGGCCAUGGGCAUUGUGGCUGUACACUGUAUGAACCUCCUUGUGAAAUGUGCACAUCAUCUAAGUGCAAAGUUAGGCAAGCCUUUUCUGUCCUAUGGUGAUGCAGUGGAGUAUGGAAUGGAGAAUGUACCGUGGCUAAGUAGACACUCUUUGUGGGGAAGGCGUGUGGUCAAUCUGUUCCUCAAUAUAACCCAGCUGGGGUUCUGCUGUGUGUACUUUGUGUUUCUUAGUGACAAUGUCAAACAGGUGGUUGAGACUGCCAAUGGUACGAGCGUGAACUGUCACAACAACGAGACAGCAGUGAUUGUUCCCAGCUAUGACUCUCGCCUCUAUAUGCUGUUCUUCCUGCCUUUUGUCAUCGUGUUGGUGUUUAUCCGCAACCUCAAGUACUUAGCUCCUCUGUCCUUUGUAGCAAAUGUGUCCAUGUGUGUCAGCCUGGUCCUCAUAUACUACUACUGUUUGACGAAUAUCCCAUACCCAAUUGACCUUCCGUUGGUGGGACGAGGAGUUGACUAUCCUCUAUUCUUUGGAACAGCAAUAUUUGCCUUUGAGGGAAUCGGAGUUGUAUUGCCACUUGAGAAUAAGAUGCAGAAUCCCAGAAAGUUCCCCAUGGUUCUGUAUCUGGGCAUGGGUAUCGUCACCACCCUCUACAUCUCUCUGGGCACCAUUGGCUAUAUUGGUUUCGGAGGGAAUAUUCGGGGCAGCAUCACUUUAAAUUUACCUUUGUGUUGGUUAUAUCAGAUCGUGAAGCUGCUUUACUCUUUUGGAAUCUACAUCACAUACGCUCUACAGUUCUAUGUGUCAGCAGAAAUUCUCAUCCCGCCGGCAGUGGCGCGGUGCAAUCCCAGGUGGGCGUUGGUGGUGGACCUCAGCAUCCGCAUGGCUCUCGUAGGCCUCACAUGUACUCUUGCCGUAUUGAUUCCAGAGCUUGACCUUGUGAUAUCUCUGGUGGGUUCGGUGAGCAGCAGCGCUCUCGCCCUCAUCAUCCCACCCCUGCUUCAGAUUAUGACCUUCCAUAAUGAAGACAUGAAGGUUUGGGUGAAGGUCAAGGAUAUCGCCAUCAGUCUCAUUGGCUUGGUGGGCUUUGUGGCGGGGACCUACAUUUCCAUCCAGGAGAUUCUCACUCGCAGCAGUGCCAGACACAACACUACACGCCUUCAGUUACUGUAAAUGUUGACAGAGUGACAGAUUAAAUAUAGGGUGUAUAGACUCACUGAAUAAUUUACUCACUACACGGUCCUUUGAUUUCUGCUGAAUUUCACUUGAGAUUCGUUUUACUGAGCAUUCUUAGAUUUUCAUGGAUUGUAAUGUUAUUUUGUCCUUGAGUUUUUUCAGUUUCUCAACUUUUUUGUUUUGUUUUUUAAGUGUCAAAAAACAGCUCAUUUAUACACAAUCCUUUCGGUCAAACGUGGCCUUUUAUCUAAAUUUUACGAUUAAUCUCAACAAAACAAUCUCAGCAUUGUUUGUCUUAAUUUCUUGUUUACAUGGUCUCAAUAUCAUGAAUGUGUUCUCACCAGGCAUGUGUUUGUUUACACAUUUACUUGGAUUUACCAGUUUGGCAAACAAGUACUGUUUAAUCAUUCUAAUUGUUUAUUCAAGUUUAUAUGAAAAAGAAUGGACAUAGACAGUAUUUUUGCUUGUUAUUGUUUUUUUUAGUUUUCUUAGGGCUUGUUUCCAAGGCUGAAAGCAAGUGAUUUACUGUAUGUCUGUGUAAUACACAUGCUCACCCUAGACUUGUUUUUAGAUGUGGUGGAAAAAAUUGAAAAUUUUAACAUAAUACCCUCAAGAUGUGCCAGUAUGAUCAGAAUCAUUAAAUUAAGAGCUGUCCAAAAUGAAUAUGCCAAUGGUCUUGAAAUAGUGUAAUCUAAACACAUUUUCUUAUUAUUACACCAUUUGCUGUUUUAAUUCUGUUUAUUCAUUGACACAUUUUUAACUAAAGUAUAUCAAUAUUUAAAUGAUGUAAUUUUAUUUGUCUUAUCACACAUUAGACUUAUCUUAGUCUUUGAUAUUCAGGUCCAUCUUUGAGUCUUGUAGCAAAGAAAUAUGUAGAUAAUAUGAAUUUUGACCUAAUUUGUCUAGUUUUUUUCUUUUUUUAAACCCAUCCUGUAAAAAUCUAUGUAUGACCUGUCCAGUUGUGCUGUACUGUAUAUAAAGUAAUUGUCACCUCUAGUUUGAAAGUUUGCUCCAGAUGUCAUGAAGUUUGGCACAUGAAACACUGAUUAAUUUGAGGCAAAUCAACAGGAGCGUACAUUUACUAUGCGUACGUAAAUUUUUUAUUUGUAUUUUUAUUUUAUAAAAGGCAACUCAAUUCUGAUACUGUGUUUCAACACUUUACUUGUACUUUUUUUUUUCUUCAUUUAUUUAAUUUGUGAAUUUGCUGUAUAUAUUGAUGGCAGUGCCACAUUUGUAGACUAGAGAUAUUUUUUUUUUUUUUUUUUUAAUCAUUUACUGUAUCACAUAAAAUUUCACUUAACUACAGUUGUUGUAAUUGCAGUGUAUUUUAUUUCGUCUUUGUGGUUUCAUGGAUUUUGGCCUUAUUGUACAUACUGUAUAUUGUAAGUAGUUUUUCCAUGCUCAACCUGUCCUAAAUGAAAAUGUCCCUCCAAUUUUGAAGCUGUACACUAUAAAGAUGAUAUUUCAGCGUUAGAUCCAAGAAGAUGAAAAUAAUUUUUCUCAUAAUUGUACUGUACAUAUAGUAGUACUGGUUCUUUGUUUGCUGAAUGUCAACAAUGAAAAUUUAAACCACCAGUUGACUUUUCCCAUAUUGUGUCUUUCUUGUAAAGCAGA